CACCCCCCAAUCCCCCAAUCUUGAUCUUCCCCAAAGCUUCUAUUUCUGCUCAGCAAUUCAGCAAAAAGCUUCAAUCUUUCUGCAAUUCGAUCACUUCAACCAACUGGGCCGCCUUCAAGUUCAUCUGGGCAUGUGAGAAAAACCUUAAAGCUCCAAAACCCUAAAAAUGCCAGUAUCAACUAGGUCGCAGAGUGACCAGAAACCCAGGUCCGAUCAAGAACAACAGACCCAGACCCACUCGGAUCUUCUCCCGCUGCGAAACCCACACCAUGGAUUGAAGGAAAAGAUGAAAGCUUUAACCUUGCUCUACGAGCAGCAGAAGCAAGCCUCCGCAGCUCUCCGAAACCCGAACCCGAACCCGUCGGAGCUCCGACUCGCGGCCCAGCAGUGUAGGAAGCAAGAGAACGAGUCGGAGCUCCGACCCGGCAGCCGGGUCGUCAUGAGAGAGAACAACAACAACAACAGCAAUGCGAGGCACAACUCCACCGUCACAAGAACCUACGUCCUCCCUCUGCCUCCGCCUCCGGCUCACCACGACGCCAAGGAGAAUGCGCCGGUCUCCGGAGCAACCACCACCGACCGGAUUCUCAGCUUUGCUUCGAUCCCAAGAAAGGCCAAACCCCCGGCGACGGCGGUGGCGCGGCGGCUCUCGCUCGGCUGUGGAGGAGGUCAGGCGGCGGAAAUGGAGGAGGUGAUGGAAUCGGAGACGAAGUAUGGCGCUUUGGAGAUGAAAAAGGCGGGAAAUGUGGGGAGCCGGAUAAUGGUGUAUGUGAGGCUGAGGCCGAUGAGCAAGAAGGAGAGGGAGGCCGGUUCGAGGUGUUGUGUGAGAAUCGUGAACCGGCGUGACGUGUACUUGACGGAGUUUGCGAGUGAGAAUGACUAUUUGAGGCUCAAGAGGCUGAGAGGUCGUCAUUUCACGUUUGAUGCUUCGUUUACAGAUUCAAGUUCUCAGCAGGAAGUUUAUUCCACCAGCACAGCUGAGCUUGUGGAAGCAGUUCUGCAAGGGAAGAAUGGAUCAAUUUUUUGUUAUGGUGCCACGGGAGCUGGGAAGACGUAUACAAUGCUUGGUACUCUUGAGAAUCCGGGAGUGAUGGUUUUGGCGAUCAAGGACGUUUUUACAAAGUUAAGGCAGAGGAGCUGUGAUGGAAAUCAUGUUGUUCAUCUGUCGUAUCUUGAAGUCUAUAACGAAACUGUCAGGGAUUUGCUCUCUCCCGGACGUCCUCUGGUUCUUAGAGAAGAUAAACAGGGAAUUGUAGCAGCCGGUCUUACACAGUACAGAGCUUAUUCCACCGAUGAAGUUAUGCAAUUGCUUCAGCGGGGAAACCAAAACCGAACUACUGAACCGACCCGCUGUAAUGAAACUUCUUCUCGCUCCCAUGCUAUUUUACAGGUUGUGGUUGAAUACCAGGUAAAAGAUGCUUUUAUGAAUGUGGUCAACCGCAUAGGCAAGCUUUCACUCAUUGAUCUUGCCGGAUCGGAGAGAGCCCUUGCCACAGAUCAGAGAACUGUAAGAUCUAUUGAGGGUGCCAAUAUAAAUCGGUCACUCCUAGCACUGAGUAGUUGCAUCAAUGCUCUCGUGGAGGGAAAGAAGCACAUACCUUAUCGAAAUUCAAAGUUGACCCAACUUCUCAAGGAUUCUCUAGGAGGAGCUUGUAACACUGUGAUGAUUGCCAAUAUCAGCCCGUGUAACCUCUCAUUUGGUGAAACCCAAAACACUCUUCACUGGGCUGAUCGAGCAAAGGAAAUUAGGACCAAGGCAUGCGAUGUCCAUGAGGAAACAGUGGAAGUUCCUGAAUCUGAAACUGAUCAGGCUAAACUAUUACUUGAACUACAGAAAGAGAACCGUGAACUUCGAGUACAACUGGCACGUCAUCAACAGAAGCUAUUAGUUGUCCAAGCACAAUCCUUGGCUGCAAAUGCAUCUCCAACACCCCCUUCUUCAGCUACCUCGCUCUUGACUCCUCCAACGUCUGCCCAAUCAAAUGAGAAGAGAAAACACAGACCAUCUUUCUUGGCUAGGAAUUGUUUCACACCGGAAUCCAAAAGAAGUGCGGAUGCAGAAGUAGUUAGAGAGCUUCAAAAGACAGUAAAAGCUUUAGAAGCAGAAAUUGAAAGGAUGAAGAAGGAUCAUACUUCGCAGCUAAAGCAGAAGGAUGAUCUUAUCCGUGAUCUUUUUUCACGUAAAAGUGAUCAAACACCGGCACCAGCAGCUGGGAGGGAGGGGACAAAGACAAUAGUCACAAGAGCUAGUUUGAGACCAAAGGAGCCAAGCACUGGUGAGUUGAAGAGUCCAAGUCAUCGUUUCCGGUCACCAAUCCCAACAGCGAAAAAACGAAGCUUUUGGGAUAUCACAACCGCAAAUAGCCCAUCAGUUACUACACAAAAUGGAAGGAAAACUAGAAGUCAUGUUGUUCGUGAACCGCCUACUGCUCCCUCUAUGCUUCUUCAGCUUGCCUAUCCAUGUUUCUGCUUUGUGAUAUUUUUUGGACCGCACAUCAUCAAUUAUACCAGCCAGGUUUUUCACGGCAAAAGCCCAAACAUUGAAGUAACACAAGAAGGAUGAAGAUGACGGAAAAGAAAAGGUGACCGGGCAUUCUGGAUUAUGGCAUUCUGGAUUUCUGGCUAUAGUGACCGGGCUCUUACCUGGUGGAAAUAAUAUUACCGGGUAGGAGCGGGGCUGCUGUCGUAUUUUAUGUCAUGUGCUGCUGUGAUCAAGCAGCGUCUGAGUUGCUGCUCAUUACUUUAUUCUUUCUUCAUAAAUGUUUCUUCUGUAGAGUCUGCAAACACAGUUCAUUAGCUCUAGUUUCUGAUAUUUUUUUCAGAGUAGUGUGUUGCUUAUUCCUAGCUCAUUUAGAGAUCAUCAGUACACAGAAAAUGAAUGCAUAACUGCUUGUUCUUAUUGUUUUAGAAAAAAAGAAGUGAGCACAUCUUUUACGAUGCAGCAUUCA